CUGGUAAAAUUUAUUGUUAAAUUCCCCAUAUCAUUUAAAGUUAUCUCAUUUUUUGAAAUAUUUAUUUUAAUAAAUUCGUAAACGAUACAUUUAUAAAUAAUUUUAUUUAAAUUAAAAAUAUUCUAAAAAUAUUUCGGCAUGUACUUUUUAUAUAAUAGGAAACAAUGGUUGUAAAUACUUAAACAUAUACCUAUGAAUUAUCAUGGAGGUCUAUUAUACAAUAUCACGGUUUACUAUUAAACAGGUUGAAUUGGCGGUAUUUAUCAAGUGAUUGUAUAAUUUCUUUUUCAAAACUGAUAAAAAAUGCCAGAAAACGUGAUAAAUGGAGAUCAUGUUGAUGUAAAGAGUGCUAAUUGUGAAGCUCAAGAUAAUGAUGAAGAUAACAAUGAAGCAGAUGUACAUUUUGAACCAAUAAUUUCUUUACCAUUAAUAGAAGUUUCCAACAAUGAGGAAGAUGAAGUUGAAAUGAUAAAAAUGAGAGCAAAAUUAUAUCGUUAUGAUUCUUCUAAUAAUCCAGCAGAAUGGAAAGAACGUGGUACUGGAGAAGUAAAAUUAUUAAGACAUAAAACAAAAAAUACAGUAAGAGUUGUAAUGCGUAGAGAUAAAACACUUAAAAUUUGUGCUAAUCAUUUUGUAACUCCUUGGAUGGAAUUGAAACCUAAUUGUGGUAGUGAUAGAGCAUGGGUAUGGAGUGUACUUGCUGAUUAUGCAGAUGAACAACUUAAGCCAGAGCUACUUGCUAUAAGAUUUGCAAAUGCAGAAAAUGCAACUGUUUGGAAAGAAGCAUUUGAAAAAGCAAAGAAGAUAGUGGGAUCUGAAUGUGAGAUAUAUGCUGGAAAAAAUAAUACAGAAGAAAAACAUGUUGAGAGUGAUAGUGAACCUUCUAGUGAUGUAAGUUAUAGUGAAAGUACUGAUAAUGAAGAACAAGAUAAAUUGGCUGAAGGAGAUUUAAAAAUUAAAGAUAAUGAAAAAGUGGAAGCUUCUGAGAAACAAAUAAAAGAUGAAGAAAGUAUGGACAAAGUAUCUAAAGGACUUGAGCAAUUGCAAGUUGAGGAUGAGAAAAAGUAAAAAUAAAAUUUAUAUCUCUGAAUUAGAGAUGUUAUCUAUAAGUGCACAUUCCAACAUAAACAUACAUCUAUGCAUAUGUUUAAUAUUUGAUCAGUGAAUUUAAUGUAGGGAAAUAUUUUAACAACAACGUUAAUAGAUGAGUUAAACAAAUUUUCAAUAUUUAUACAAUCGUUAUAUGUUGUCUGUGAUUUCUUAAUGAAGAAUAUUUUAGCAUUUAUACUAUGAUGAAGAAGUUAACACAUUAAAUCUGACAGAAAUAAGAAAUUAAAAAGUAGAACAACUGUUUAAUUCUAUAUGUUUGAAAAUUUACUUGGUUAUAAUUUUAUUAAAUUUUUUUAAACAUCUAUAAUAUAUAUUUUUAUAUAUCCAUGCGCAUUUCAUGGAAAUUAAAAUAAUAUUAAAAUUUGAAUGUUUACAGGAAGAUAUCUGUUUUUAAAAUUUGAAAUAGGUUUUUUAAAUAUUUUAUUUCUUUUAAAUAUUUUUCCAAUUUUUUUACAGCUAUUAUAAAUUGCAGUUUUGCAUUACAAAUUGUAGAGAUAUUGGAAUGAUUUGAAGUAAGAAUUGACAUCUUCAACUUUUUCUUGUUAUUUUAUGAUAUAAAAAAUUAAUUGUAAAGUAUUGGAUUUGAAAAUGAUUAAUUAUUCAAUUUCAAUAUGAUACUAUUUUUACAAAAGUAUGUAUAACAAAAUUUAAUAAUGCUAUAAUAUGAUAAUUUCUUCAUAAUUCAUCUCUGUAUAAGAAAGAAUGAAGGAUAUUACGUUUUUCUUCCA